CCUCCAUUGCCUGGAAUCUGACUUGCAAUUUCCCACCCUUUACUUCAGUUGCAUUAUCCACGGUCUGAAUCAGUAUGGGUAAAUCCUCCAAGGACAAGCGCGAUGCCUACUACCGCCUGGCAAAGGAGCAGAACUGGCGCGCCCGCUCCGCCUUCAAGCUGAUCCAGAUUGACGAGCAAUUCGACCUAUUCGAGCACGAGAACCCGGAGAAGGUGACCCGCGUCGUCGAUCUGUGCGCCGCUCCCGGCAGUUGGAGUCAGGUCCUGAGUCGCGUGUUGAUUAAGGGCGAGAGUUUCGGGCGCCGCGCCUGGGUUGAGAAAAAGCGCCGGGAGAAGGAAGCCCUCGAACGAGUCCAGAGCGAUGGAAGCAGCAGCAACAACGAGUCGCAAUCCGCGAACGAGGAUGAGACAACAACGGAGGAAGAGCUGAAGCCGCGGAAGAACGUCAAGAUCGUCUCCAUCGAUCUGCAGCCGAUGGCCCCCCUGGAGGGCAUCACGACCCUCAAAGCCGACAUCACCCACCCCUCCACCAUUCCUCUUCUCCUGCGAGCCCUGGACCCCGAAGCCUACGAAUCCACCACCACCGCCACCACCAGCGCUGAUAACUCAUCCCCCUCCACCUCCGCCACCCCAACUCCGACCCCCGUCCGACCCCCGCACCCCGUCGACCUGGUCAUCUCCGACGGCGCCCCCGACGUGACCGGCCUCCACGACCUAGACAUCUACAUCCAAUCGCAACUCCUCUACUCCGCGCUCAACCUCGCCCUGGGCGUCCUCCGCCCCGGCGGCAAGUUCGUCGCCAAAAUCUUCCGCGGCCGCGACGUGGACCUCUUGUACGCGCAGCUGCGCACCGUCUUCGAGAAGGUCAGCGUCGCCAAGCCGCGGAGCAGCCGCGCCAGCAGUCUGGAGGCCUUUGUGGUCUGCGAGGGCUUCAUCCCGCCGUCCAUCCAUGACGGACUGAAGGGCAUGGAGGCGCUCAAGAACCCGGUCUUCGGCGGUGUCGCCGUGACGGCUCCUGCCUCUGCGGCAGCGGGCAGCAACAACGUGGCCGUUGAGGUGACGGAUGAGACGCCCGAGGCGGCGGCGCCCGUGCAGGUGAACCAUCCGGCCCCCGCCAACACGACACUCAACAAGGACAAGGACAACGGCACCGCGCGCCUGCUCCACCCGGAGUCGCUGGCUUCCGCUGUCCCCGAGCCGUUGGCGUAUAAGCCCCUCGCGGAGAAGUUCUCCGUCGAGAACCGCUGGAUCCCGCGCUUCAUUGCCUGUGGUGAUCUCUCCGCGUGGGACUCGGAUGCCUCGUAUGCCCUGCCGCCGGAUCACGUCAGUCUCGACCCCGUGCAGCCGCCUACGGCGCCGCCUUAUCGGCGGGCGUUGGAGCUGAGGAAGGAGAAGGGUGGAGCGUACGGGAAGACGAAGUUAGGGGCCAUGGGUCGGGCUUGAGGUACACCAUGCGCAGCAUGAAUCUCCGCGUGGGGUUGGUGUACUUGGGUCAAUUUGUGUGUGUAUUAUGAUAUGUGUUACGGUGCCCCUUCGUGUUUAGAUUUGUUCAUGUCUACGACUGCUUGCUUUUCGGUUUGGCUUCACGAAGCUAGAGAUCUUUCCUUUGUGUGCACGUGUGUGGUCGGUCGUUCGGGGGACGAUCUGAGGAUCCCAAAAAGAAUAUAGCAGAUAUACCCCAUAGAUUCACAAAAGAUGGAAGAAGUUGGCUUUUGUUUGGCGGUUUUGUCUUCUGGCCGUGGACGAAGGCUUCGUUGUAUAAUACUCUUACCAAUUUCUGGCUGAUAGCUUUGGAUCUUUCCUUUUAUCUUCUACAUUGUCAGCUGCCAGCGC